ACUCUCUGCGCAUGCGCAGUUGUGCCGCAGUCAUUGCAGGACUGGCACGAUGGCUGAUGGAAGUGCGGUGCUGAAGUCUCUGGUGGAGGAAUUUGUCUCAGGACUGCAGGACAGCAAAGCCAAAGAGACAGCCGCAGGGUUGAAAAAUGGAGACUUUACCGUUUUGCAGCUUGUGGAAGCUUUGGGACUGAGUCUUACCAGCUCUCAGUCUCACACUCGAGCCAGAGGUGUCCAACUGCUCUCAGAGGUUUUACAGGACUGCUAUGGCGACCUCACAGAAAAAGAAGUGGAAGUGCUCAUAGCAUUCUAUGAGAACCGUUUAAAAGACCAUUACGUCAUCACGCCGCCUGUCUUACAGGGGCUAAAAACACUGACAAAGUGCUCAACUUUGCCUCCUGGCUCGGCCAUUUCCAUACUGAAAUCUUUGUUUCAGGAUGUUCAUGUUCAGUCGUUGCUUCUGGCUGAUAGAGCGUGUGUCUAUAACAUGCUCUCCAAUGUCAUGGAGACCAAAGAAGCUGAACUGAAGAGUUUAGGAGCAGAUUUUGUGUUUGGUUUUGUCCAGUCAAUGGACGGAGAGAGGGAUCCUCGCAACCUCCUCUUAGCCUUUCAGAUCGCCAAGAACAUAAUUCAAAGAGGUUACGAUCUAGGUAAAUUCACAGAAGAGAUGUUUGAGGUGACGUCCUGCUAUUUCCCAAUUGACUUCAGCCCGCCACCGAAUGAUCCACAUGGUAUCACCAGAGAGGAAUUGAUCCAGGCACUGAGGGAUGUCCUCACUGGGACGCCUAAAUUUGCUGAGUUUUUGUUACCCCUCAUUAUUGAGAAGCUUGACUCAGAUGUCCUGAGUGCAAAGCUGGACUCUCUUCAAACCCUGGCUGUUUGUGUGUCACGGUAUGAACACAAGGACUUGGAAAAAUUCCUCGAUGGACUGUGGACGUCACUGCGCAGAGAGGUGUUUCAGACGUCGAGCGAGAAGAUUGAGUUGGCAGGCCUCGCUGCUCUUACCACCAUCACUUCCUGUCUAUCUCGCUCGGUUCUCAACUCAGACUCAGAAGAUGCCCUCAGCACCUUCCUUGAUGUUGUUCUCAAAGACUGCAAUCAUCAUCUCUGUGAGCCUGACCUGAAACUUGUGUGGCCCAGCGCCAAACUGCUCCAGGCCGCUUGCAGCGCCUCCAACAGGGCGAGUCACAUCAUCACCACUGCCGUCAUGCCAGCGCUCGUCAGUCAGUACAACAACAGAACCGAGUGUUCCCACAGACGUACAUUACUGGAGGUGAUGCAGCGCUUUGUUCAGUCUGUAAAAAUCAGCGAGUCAUCAGAAGACGAGGAGCGAGUGCUAUCCGGUGUCUGUUCGUCCUUGUGCUGCGUGACCUUCUCAGCGCUGUCAGAGUCUAACAGCAGUCUGCAGGUCACAGCCGCAUCCGUGCUCACCUCACUAGCACGACAAAAUGGCUUGUUGUCAAACUCUCAAAUUGAGCAGGCCGUCGACCAUCUGACUCGGCUGUUGCUGUCAGACGAGGAUGACAAAGUCAGUCUUGCUGUAGUAGAUUGUGCUGGGAGCUUGGCAGAAGUUCACCCAACAGUUUUCAUCACCAAUAUGAUCCCAGAUCUAAAACAAAUUGUGUUUUCUGGUAAAACAAAGCCAAUGGAGCAGGUUGGAGAUUCUGCGCAACAUCUACAUCCUGUAGUGCGUCAACGCUGUUUGUCCAUGCUCGCGGCAGUGUCCACCAAACCCAGUGUUGCUAAGGAGAGCACACCUGUCCUUCUGGAUGUCCUCCGUUCAACACAUUCUGGCAAGGUCGGUUUCUCGACGGAAGAGGCUGUGUUGACGUGCCGCAGCCUUCAGAGAAUAGCUGAGCAAGUUGAAGACACAGAGGACUCCGGGUGUUGCUUCCACGACGUCAUCAUCCCACAACUGUUGUCACUUGCACUCCAGGCAGCACUGCAGGACAAAAGAUCAUCAAGUCACCAGAGUCCUCUGGUGGAUGAAGCGGUUCUGUCCAUCAUGGUUGCUGUCAUUAGUACAGCCUGCUCAAGGCUGCAACCUACACUGGCGGGCCAGACGGCGACAAGGUUUGUCUCUCUCUUCCUGGAUGGUGACGUCUCCUUUUUGCCUGACAACUCCUUCCCUUCACACAUCAAGCUGCUUGCAAAUCAGCACCAGGACGACUCAUGGAGACAGUCUCAGAUGGUUUGCCUGCUGAUGGGCUGCGUGUGUUCAUUACCUCGCACUGUGGCAGUGCCCCAGAUUGAGCGUCUACUAUCAGAACUGGAGGAGAUGAGCUGUACCUGCAGCCACGCCAUGUCUUAUACCUCCGCUGCCAAAUGUUUUGCUGGCCUGGUCAACAAGAUCCCAUCGAGCGACUCUCUUGACAGCCUGCUUCACAAGACAACAGCCAGGGUCUUCAGUGAGUUGAACUCUGAAGCAUCACGUGUGCGCACACAGGCGUUCACACUCAUGGUGUGGGUUGGCAAAGCUCUUCUUCUCCGCUACCACCCCAAAUUCUCAGCACUGACUGACAAGCUCUUCUUACUGCUUGAUGAUGCCAAUUUGGGCCAUGUGGCGGCAGACGGGUUCUUGCUACUGAUGAGCGACUCGACGGAUGUUCUUACUCGCAGUUGCCAUGCGGAUGUGCGGAUCAUGUAUCGCCAGCGCUUCUUUAGUGAGAACUCAUCCAAAUUGGUCCAUGGUUUUAACGCAGCUCCUGAAGAAAAGAAGCCCAACUACUUGAAGGCCCUGUCUAACAUCGUCAACAAACUACCUAAACAGGUUCAAGUCACGGAACUACCUGCGCUCCUGUCCUUGCUGCUGCAGGCCUUAACAUUUCCUGACGAGGGUGUCCAGCUGUCCACACUGUCCUGUCUGGAGCCGGUCCUCGCCGACCCACCCCCAGCACUCAUCCAACAACUAGAAGCUUUGUUCAAUAGGCUGUUGGCCCUCACGUUCAGCCCUGCUAUGAACGUGAGGAUCACAUCACUGCGCUGCAUCCACGCCCUGUCCUACUUCCCUGAACAGGAAGUGCUGCCAUUUCGGGCCCGAGUGCUGCGGGCGUUAGCCAAACCUCUGGAUGACAAGAAGAGGCUGGUGAGAAUGGAGGCGGUCCGGGCGCGAGGAGAGUGGUUUCUACUUGGAAGUCCUGGAGGAAGAUGAUUUUUUUUGCCUUCCAAAAAUCCUUCUUUCUAAGAGUAAAGAGACCGGAAGGAACCCCUUGAAGUAUUUGCAGUUCCUCGCUUCACGUCCCAACCUUAUUUUGCUUUAUUGAAAAUGUCUGGACCGCUUAUGUCUUCAUAAACGCACAAUCAAGGCUGGACAAUCCGUUAGAGCGUCCAUUGAAGUCUUGUUUUUGUUACAUGCAGUUGUCCUCUGAAGAAUGUAAGUGUAUAUUAAUUAUUACCACACCACAAAGCGUUUGUGUCAAAUUACCAGAGCCUUAAAGUAUUUCAAGAUCUAACUUUGAAGUUAAUUUAGUCUAAUAGUCUAUACCACGGGUGUCCAGACUUUUUUCACUGAGGCCCGCACAUUGAAAAAUUAAAACAUGCGGGUGCCUUUUUGAGGUUUUAAUUUUCAAAACCAAUACAAUAUAUAUAUAUUUUUUAAACAUUUUGGGCUCCCCUCAAGUUAUAGCAGGGUGUCAGUCAGAAAAAUGUAAAAGUAAGUCAUAUAUAUUUUUUAUUAUUAUUUUACGCUUCAAUCUCAAGAUCCACUUUAGAUCUAUCUGUUGAUAUAAAGUUGUAUUGUGUUUAAGUUUUAUGCCCUUUUUGGUAAAGAAAAUCUUGUUUUUAUGACAAAAACACAAAAUAUGCAAUAUUUUCUCCCCCCAAAAAUUACAAAGUGGAAUAUUUGAUGCAAAGUUAUUAGAGCUUGAAAAAGGUCAAAUAGGAUAGGCUCCAACAACCCAGAGAGGCACAAGUGGUUGAAAAUGAAUGAAUGGAUGGAUGGAAUUCAUAACAUUGAUUUGAUACAUUUUUUAACAAUGAUAGUUUAAAAAAAUAAACACUAAGAUUCUUAGGGACCUAGUGUGUUAAAAAUAAGUCAUACAUUAUUUGUUUUCACUUUCAACCCGUAAAUCUCUGUCGAUAAUAAGUUUUUAUUUUUUUAAUGUUUUAUUUUAGGCCGUUUUUGUCAUAGAAACCUUAGGUGUAUUUUAUGGCAAACACUCAAAAUAUUUCAAAAUGAAAUGUUUGAUGUGGAGUAAUUGAAGCCUUAAAUAGGUCAGUAAAUUUUAACAACAUUUAUUUUGAUUCAUUAUUUUGGAGCGCUGACAGUUUUAAAGAAAAACAACUGCCUACUUGAUGGUAGCUUUGUGUUACUCAACUUUUUUUUGUCACAUUUCACCUGUAUGCUAUUUUUUUUCCACUUUUUAAUGGGUUUUUUUGUAAUAAGAUUUUUAGAAUGUGCCUCUGGCUGUUAAAAAAUGAGCAGCGGGCUGCACUUUGGACACCCCUAAGCACAGCAAUUAAUUAAUUUAACAAUAAUACACACUUUAUUAAAGCUUUGCAACAUCACGCGCACAUUCAGCAGAAGGUUUACGGUGAUCUUGGGAACAGUGUGUGACAUUUGAAACUUGAGUUUGUAAUCAUAUGUAAAACAUUUUUAAUUGAGAAAAAAUGCACAAAAAAGUCAUAUCAAAGAUUUGUUUUUAUUAAAAAUGACAGUGAUUUAACAGA